AUUUUCAAUUGUUGAGAUCAGGUUUCAACUGUGACAACUGGAUAUAGCCAGGCGUACACAUCUUCCAAUAUGUUGCAUGUAAGGGACAGAAGUACAUGGAUCUAUAUUGGGCUGAUAUAUCUUACAUAUUGGAUGUACAUUGGAGCGAAUGGUUUUCACCUCAAUACUAAAGAUUGUAAAGUAAAAACCAGCAAGUAUGAAAAGCUAUGUCCGACAGUGAAUAGCAAAUUGAAGGACUUGGAUCCGGGGAGUCACCACCACAAGUGUAAGACACACUGCAUCAUACAGAUACAUGAGUGCAUGUGCAGUCCAGAAGGCACAGAGAAGGAAUGCUGUGGCUCAGAAUUUUGCCUCAGAUGUUUAUUCCCACAAGCCAGAAACCAACACAAAAACUGAUGUAUGAGUCUCUACCUGGCAUAAGUGAACUUAAUACAACAUAAGUGAACUAUAAGGCCCUACCCAAUAUAUAUGAAAAAUACUCUCUCCAAUAAGUGAAUUAAAAGACCUUACCCAAUAUACUACAUUGUCAGUGAACUACAGGACUAUCCAACAAAGUGAACUACAAAAGUCAAAGCUCUACCCAGUGCAU